UGGGUGUGUCCCUCUAAAAGCAGCAGGUAGUCUAUCGCCGCAGUUUCGUCUGUGCCUCUGCUGGGAACACUUGAACCGUCCGGGAUGGAUCUGUUCGCCUACAAAUCGCUUCUGUUUUUGCUCUCUUUCAUCGGAUGCUGUGCGGCGCAGGACAUCCUGCCGGACGGCCCGGUGGACGCAGUUUUGGGGAAAAAUGUGACUAUAACGACCCUGCUUGACAAACCGGCUUACGCCUUCAUAAUCUGGAAUUUCAACGACGGGAAGGAGCAGACUAACAUUGCUACCGCGAAGCCAGAUGGGCUGAACGUAAAGGCACCUUACGAGGGAAGAGUGUCCAUAAACAGGACCAACGGCAACUUGUUCCUGAGCUCCCUGAAGUCGGAGGACAACGGGGAUUACAGCAUUACCAUCGUAUCCCCUGAUGGCUCCUCUAAAACCGCAGAGAUCAAGCUCCGAGUCCUGGAGCCGGUAUCCAAAGCGACCAUCACAUCCAACAUGCCUGAAGCCAUCGAGCACAACAGCACCGUGAUCCUCACCUGCGCCGCUAAAGGCUCCUUCCUCAAGUUCGGCUGGUUAAACAAGACCGCACCCAUCGUGGCCGACACACGAAUCACGAUAAAAGAUGGGGAAACAUCCAGCACGUUGACCAUCACAGAUGUCCUCAGGUCAGACCUGGUUGGUCCCAUCUACUGUACAGCUGCCAACAAACUGGAGACGGAGAAGAGCGCCGCCUUCAACCUCACCGUCUUCUACGGACCAGAUGAAGUCAAAGUCACUCCUUCAAACCCUUCCCAGUACAUCAAAGUCGGCUCCAACUUCAGCCUGUCCUGCUCAGCCAGCUCCGACCCGCCCGCCACCUUCGUCUGGUACCGCAACCAGACCAUGUUGGAGAACGAGGGUCCCGUCCUACGUCUGGAAACUAUCGAGAAGCUCGGAUUAGCGAGGGAAAUGGCGGAGUACUCAUGCGGUGCCAAAAAUGCCAAGACCGGGCGCACCGUCCCCUCGACUGGCGUUUCCUUCGUCGCCAUGGAGCCCAUCUCAGGUGUUAAAAUCACUGGUCCGACCGCUACUCUCAUCGCCGGCAACAACACGGCCAACCUCAGCUGCCAGGCAACGGCGGGCACCGUGACAACCAGGACCUGGAUGAAAGAUGGCAAGCCUCUGACUGCCAGCAGCCGCCUGGUGUUCUCCGCAGACAUGAGCUCCAUGAUGAUCAAACCUCUGCAGAAGGAGGACAACGGAGAGUACACUUGUGAGCUCGCCAACCGCGUCACCACCGAGAAAGCCUCCUACAAGAUGGUGGUCAACUACGGUCCUGAACCAGCGGAGGUGAAUGGUGAGGAUGCCGUAGAGGUGAAUGAUCCAGUGAAGAUGGAAUGCGCCGCUGUCUCCGUCCCUCCCGCCACCUACAUCUGGAAGUUUAACGGCACAUUGACCAAAGUCACAACAGCCCAGUAUGUCAUUGAGAAGGCCGUUUACAAAAACACAGGAACGUACACGUGUGAGGCGCGCAACUCCGUCACUGGCAAGACCACCACAAAGGCCCACAACCUGUCCGUCAAAGAGGAGGGAGCGCUGGAUGAAGGUCUCUCAGAUGGAGCCAUUGCUGGAAUAGUCAUUGCCGUCCUCGUCGCCCUGGGGGCCGCUAUCGGCUUGAUCAUUUACUGCAGACAGAAAGUACCGGUCGAGUCACCGUACUAAAGAAGUUCCUGCUUUCUGCUGGAGAUGCCGGCCCAAACAUCCGACCGUUUUGUUUCCCAUGAUCCCUCUGUGCAGCCUGAGGACGCUGCAGUUGGAUCCAGCUGGUUUCCUGUGAAACCGUCUGUCUCUCUCUCUCCUGGAAACCUGAUUUAACCUGAAUGAUGGAUUCUAUCAGAGUUUGGAUUAUUAUCUGGAAUCUUCACUGUUAAUCUGAUUUUAGCUUUUUUUUUUUUUUAGCUUUUUUUUUUCUUUCAUCCCCUCCACCAUCACUGGAUCAUCACCUGCCCUUCCCUCCUUUUCUUUCACCUGGUUUUUUUUUUUAACAAAUGUCAUCGUUCACCCUUUGUCUCACCUGCCGCUUCCUUUGGGAAACUGAAAAACACGGAGAAACUGUGUGCGACGGAGACAUUUCCUGGACUAAAGCUGAUGGACUGACGGUCACGAUGAGUGACUUUCUUUAUCCUGCUGGAAACCUGAGGAGGAUUUCUUUAACCACACACACACACACACACACACAGCCUCAGUGAUCACAGGCUCAGAGGCCACACACGUAGAAGCAUCGAAAUAUGAAUAUCUGAAAAAGUUUUUUUUUUUUUUUGUAAUGGUUUGAUUUAUGUCACUGUCGUCUCCAGGCGGGUGGAGUGCAUUUUUGGAAGCUUCUCUGUGCUCGACAGUGUUAUAAGAGGAAGCUUUGAUCCAAAAUACCUCAGUUUCUUCAGUGCUCACCACUUUUUUCUAAAAAGUUAGAAACAUGUCGCCAGUUGAGAUUAUUUUUUUUGAACUACAGGACUUCAUUCCUCAUUAACGUUUCCUCUGUUUCUUCCCCUCUCUGUCCGGCUGCUUCCUUCAUGUUUCUCUGGUUGUUUCUCAAAGUGCAACACAAACAGUCGACUCCGCUCAGCUUCAGGCUUUGCUAAAACAAACAAGUCUACUGUUGUUUAGGGCUUUAUUUGCUUAAUUAUUUGGUUAUUCAAAAUCCACAUUUGAUGUUUAUUCAUGCAGCGAUGCUCUCUUUUAAUGUCUGUUACAGAGUUAAGAAGGCAAAUAGAUCUUUAUUCACGGGAGACAUUUUUGAUUCGUCAUAGCAGGUGGAACUGGUAACAUUAACGAUGGUACUGGUGAACCAUCGUGCACUAUAACUGGGACAUGAAUCUGGGGAAACUAAACGGGAUUCAACCAUCGUUAAUGUUAGUGUUUGCACCUCAAAAUGUUGGUGGUUGCUGCCAAAAAACUACAUGGAGAUAAACAGGAAAGAACGACAUGAGUGUAUUAUUUUUCCAUGUUUAAACACCAGUCAGCUAACUGCUAACGGAGCCUAAAGCAUCAUUACUGUUUCCAUAGUUACAGUACCUGCAGUUAAAUAUACAGACGGCACUGAUUUAGAACAGAGGUGAACCUGUCUUAGAUGUGAAUGAGUUUAAAGGGAUAGUCUGGAUUUUUUAAAGUGGUUUUGUAUGAGCUAUUUAUCCAUCGUCAGUGUUUUACCUGCAGUAGAUUUGUGUCGACACGCUCCCAGUUUAGAGAAGACAGAAGAACUGGUGCGGAAGAUGAUUAAUGUGCUGCUGUAGAUGAGAGCAGCAGCUAAACCUGCUUUACCCACCUGAAAGAAUCAAUAUCAGUUUAAAGGUUUCACUAUAUUUAGAAUAUUUUCACUGUUUUCCUUGCCGUCAACCCUUUUCUUUGGCGCUACAUUUACUCCACCACAGAACUUCCGUAUGCCGCGCGCUGUAUUACACUGCAACAGCACGUUUUAACCCAAACAGCUGAUCUGUGAUGUAAUACAGUGCGCGGCAUGCGUAGGAAUACAGUAGUGCCGAAAGAAAGGGCCGACGGCAAGGUAAGAUGGAGAAAAUAUUCUAAAUAUAGUGAACAUUUAAACCGAUAUUGAUCUUUCAGGUGGUUUAAAUAUGUUUUGCUGCUGCUUCCGUCCACAACAGUUCAUCACUUAACUUCCGUACCGGUAUUCCCGUCUGCUUCUCCAAACUGGGAGCGUUCCGACUCAAAUCUCCCGCAGGUUAAACACUGACUAUGGAUCAAUACUUCAUACAAAACCACUUCAAAACAUCUGAACUAUCCCUUUAAGUGGCUGUCUGCCAGCCAAUCAGAAGCAAGAAUGAAACAUUUUUAAGUCCAUUCCUGAUAUAUGGGACCAGAACUGAUCUGUAAACAUGAAAUUAAAACAUUAUUCCAGUUUUCUCUCAUGAUCUUUGCUGUGACUCUGGCUUUCGUCCAACUUUUUUCCCUCCUCGCUUUUCCCUCCUUUUUCCUCCCCCCCCCCCCCCCC